AUGAGUCGACAUUGGAUCGCGUUUCCCUGCCUGACACUUAUUCUUUGUGCUUACAGCUUUGUUCAAGCCGCUGACGACGAGAAGUUCGUUCCGUUGUUCAACGGCGAGAAUCUCGACGGUUGGGUUCAGAACGGUGGUAAAGCAGAAUACACCGUGGAAGAUGGUGUGAUCGUCGGUACUUCGGUUCCCAAGACACCGAACAGCUUCCUUUGCACUGAAAAGAAAUAUGGCGACUUCAUUCUGGAAGUGGAGUACAUGGUCGACCCACUGCUGAACUCGGGCAUCCAGAUCCGCAGCAACGUUUACGACGAACCAAAGACUUACAAAACCGAUGCCGGUAAGGACAAACCAGAAGCUCAGAAGGCCUUUAAGCAGAACGAGUGGAACAAGUACCGCAUCGAAUGCCGUGGCGAUUCGAUCAAGACUUGGAUCAAUGGCGUGCCUGCGGCUGACCUGAAAGACGACAUGACUUCGGAAGGCUUCAUUGCGUUGCAAGUCCAUGGUGUCGGCGGCGACGAAAAGAAAGUCGGCAAGCAAAUCAAAUGGCGUAACGUGAAGAUUAUCGAACUGGAAGACUAA